CCAACUCAUGACGGCCAUGGGAAUUGAUCCAAACAACGACUGGUGGCCUAUCGCGUGGGCGGUGACUGAGGCUGAGAGCUAUGAGCAGUGGAAAUGGUUCCUCGGCUAUCUGGCAGAGGACAUCCAAUUACAGGAGAAUGCCCCACGAUUUGUCUUCAUGUCUGAUCAGCAAAAGGGUCUUGCAAAAGCCAUCCUGGAGGAUUUCCCACAGAGUGAGCAUCGCUUCUGUGUGCAGCACAUCUACAACAACUUCAAGAAGCGAUUCAUCGGGGAGAAUUUUAAGGAGAUGUUGUGGGAGCUUCGUCAAGUACAACACACGUACAGUAUGUUCAGCGGAUGGAUGCACUGCGGGUUAUAUAUCCCCAAGCACAUCAGUACCUACUCGGGGUUGCGCCUAAAGAAAAAUGGGUGAAGGCUUAUUUCUCUCCGCAUGUUUGUUGCGAUGUUAUCCUCAACAAUAUAUGCGAGACAUUUAAUUCGAAGAUAGUAAUUGCUCGCGAGCUGACCAUUAUAACCAUGAUGGAGGAGAUCCGGACAAGUCAGAUGGAGAGGAUACAGAUUAGAGGCCAGUGGAU